UCCUCUCUCUCUCUCCCCCUCUCUCUGUGUCUCUCUCCUACUCUGAGACAGAGUCAGAACUCUUCUCCCUGACAGCCACAAACAUCUACAGCACUUAUUGCAUUCAGAGGGGGAACCUGCAAACAAAACUUCACAGAAAACUUUUGGUUCUUGUUCCAGAGAAUUUGCUGAAGAGAAGGAAAAACAAACAAACAAACAAACAAACCAAACCAGCCCCAAAAAAACUGUGCGUGAAGGGGGAGGAAAAGCAGGGCCUUUUAAAAAGGGAAUCACAACAACUUUUGCUGCCAGGAUGCCUUUGCUUUGGAAGAGAGGAUUUUUGUUGGUGCUUUGCUGGAUUAUAGUGAGGAGUUCCCCAACCCCAGGAUCCGAGGGGCACAGUUCAGUCACUGACUGUCCAUCAUGUGCCCUUGCCACGCUCUCAAAGGAUGUGCCCAGCUCACAGCCUGAGAUGGUGGAAGCAGUAAAGAAGCACAUACUGAACAUGUUGCACUUGAGGGACAGACCUAAUAUCACCCAGCCGGUGCCCAAGGCAGCACUUUUAAAUGCCAUCAAAAAACUCCAUGUGGGAAAGGUGGGAGAGGAUGGUUAUGUGGAAAUAGAGGAUGAUGUUGGAAGAAGAGCCGAAAUGAAUGAAGUUGUGGAGCAAACCUCAGAAAUCAUCACUUUCGCAGAAUCAGGCACAGCCAAGAAAAUGUUGCACUUUGAGAUUUCCAAGGAAGGCAGUGAAUUAUCAGUGGUGGAACAUGCUGAAGUGUGGCUCUUCCUGAAGGUCUCCAAGGCCAACCGGAGCAGGACAAAAGUCACCAUCCGCCUGUUUCAACAGCAGCGACAGCCAAAAGGCAACUCUGAAGGAGAAGAAGAUAUGGAGGAUGGGGGGCUGAAAGGUGAAAAGAGUGAGACUUUGAUUUCAGAAAAGGCAGUGGACACCCGUAAGAGCACUUGGCACAUCUUUCCUGUCUCCAGCAGCGUCCAAAGACUCCUGGACCAAGGCAAGAGCUCUCUGGAUGUGCGGAUUGCCUGUGACCUGUGCCAAGAGACUGGAGCCAGCCUGGUGCUACUGGGCAAGAAGAAGAAAAAGGAAGAUGAUGGUGAAGGGAAAGAAAAGGAAGCUGGAGAAUUCACAGGAGAAGAGGAGAAAGAGCAAUCGCAUCGGCCCUUCCUGAUGAUGCUUGCCCGUCACUCAGAGGACCGCCAGCACAGGCGGCGGAGACGAGGCCUGGAGUGUGAUGGCAAAGUCAACAUCUGCUGCAAGAAGCAGUUCUUUGUCAGCUUCAAGGACAUAGGAUGGAGUGACUGGAUCAUUGCACCUACAGGUUAUCAUGCCAACUACUGCGAAGGAGAGUGCCCUAGCCAUAUAGCAGGCACAUCUGGUUCAUCGUUAUCUUUCCACUCCACCGUCAUCAACCAUUACCGCAUGCGGGGCCAUAGCCCCUUUGCCAACCUCAAGUCAUGUUGUGUGCCCACCAAGCUGCGGCCCAUGUCCAUGCUCUACUACGACGAUGGCCAGAACAUCAUUAAGAAAGACAUACAGAAUAUGAUUGUGGAGGAGUGUGGCUGUUCAUAGACACAUGUGUGCGCAAGACCCUUCUCAUUCAGUUGAGAAGAAAAUGUAUCAAAAGCCCAAGAAGAGGAAAGACCAGACAUGGUAUAACCUUUUUUUGAAUGAAAACAUCAUUGGAAAUAAAAGCAAAAACAAAAGAGAGAGAGAAAAGUGUUUAAAAAAAAAAAAAAAAAAGACUUAUGGAGGAUCAGAAAAGACUGCAGCUAUAAAAAGGAAGAAAGUUUCAUGGACCCGGGCUUGAAUGAGAUACGUCUGAAUGGCGGUAUGGGUUGGGGAUUUCCCCUUCCUUUCAGUAUGCUCCUUAUCUUAUUACAUAGUAUACUAAACAUUAGUUAUUACUAGGGGAGUUAUGUUCCCUCCCUUAGUUACCCAUCAGUUCAAGCCGUGGUAGCAGCUCAUCUAACCUGCAGCAAUUUGGACUAAGUCCAAAAUGUCAUUGAAAUUCCUUGAAAAGCCAUGUGUAUGAACACUACAUUCACUGGCACUUUCCCCCAGAAUUUACCGAGGAACUGAGUAGGUGUGUAGUGUUUGUGUGUAUAUGUAUAUGGCUAUGUAUUUAUAUACAUAUCUCUAUACAUACAGGCACUAUACACAUACAUAUACUUAACAUUGGUAAAGGGACAAUAUUGUGCAGGUGUAUACACCUUCAUCUUCUGCACUACAUUUACAAAAAAAAAAAAAAAAAGAAAGAAAAAAGGAAAAAAGAAAAAUGAAGAAAAAACAUAAUUAAAAAAAGAACAAAUGAAAGAAUAAAAGUUACAUUUUGUAAAGGUGCUUACAACGUUAGAACUAUGCAACCUAGUUGGUUUGAAACUGUUUACCUGCAAGAGAAAGAAAAAAAAAAAAACAAAACAGAAAGACUUUUUUUUAAAUGGAAGUAACUUGUUUUAAAAAAAAUUCUUCAGUGAGAGAUACUUGAAAGGAACAUGUUUGUCCAGUUACUGGAGCCAAACAUUUCUAUAUUUUGUAAAAAAAAAAUUUUUAAUCGUUUACUAUUUGCACUACAAUGGUGUCUGACCUGUCUAAUCCUUAUUUAACAAAUAUUUGCAAGGGAGGGUGGUUGGGUGUGGGAGGGGUUGAGAGCUGCACUUAUUGUGAGCUAUACAAGAACUGCUACAGCACACAAAAUAGCUAUUUUUAUUAUUAUAAUAAUUAUUAUUAUUUUGUACCUUAAAAUGAAUAGACACAUACACCAAAGACAUUUGUGCGAGCCUCUAAAAAGUCUGUGGUUGGUACCAUUCACCUGUAAUAAGUUAGGGUUUGAAUUAAGGGUCAGUGGGUUGAUUACAUUCAGGCUAGAAUAUCUGUUAACCAGUUAAAUAGUGCCCUCAACAGAAAAUUGCCAUUUGAAGUACACCCAGAAAAGCCCUGGGAUUUGGAUCCAAGGUGCUCGGAUCUGAGGUCCAUCUAAGCAUAAUUGUACUCUUUUGCAUGUACAACACUAAGACUUGUCCCUGGUGCACAGCAGCUGUGCAUUGUUGGGAAACAACUUUAUACAAGGGAUAUACAUAUAUAUAUAUAUGUAUAUAUUUCUGUAUGUAUAUAUGUAUGUAUACACAAGGUAUAAGCACUUCUGGCUUCACUUUAAUGUUCUUAAAACAAUGAAUGUUUGUGUGCAAAGCACAGUGCGUUAAAAGAUUGUUUGUUUGUGGCUACCGAGUGGGAGGCUACACGUUCAAAAUGGCAUUUGUGUGAGAGAAACCUAAAGUGCUGGUGUACACUUAGAAAGUCUUGAUGUAAAAUUGCAAGCAGCUUUGGGCCUGUCCACUGCCGCCCCUGCAAAUAUACAUAAAAUGGCAGUUGUGGUAGGAUUUCUGUUUGAAAUGCAGUCUUCGGCAAAAGACUGGCUCCUCAACCACCACCCUCUAGCAUGGCAACUCUCAAUGGGUUUGCGCGUUACCUGUAAGACCUAAUUUUCAGUGUCAACACCUAACCUGAAGGGUCCAACCCGUAGGGCAUAGGUAGAUAGUUUUUUUUAAAAAGAAUUCUAUCGCUGUCAUAUUUAAAAGAAUGUUAAAGUUCCAACAUUUGUCUUUGGGUAGGGGGAGAAACCUUUAGGCCCUGUUUACACUGAGUUUGAUAACCCUGAGCCUGAAGCUUCAGUCUCUCACAGGUUUGCAGGACCAAGCCCCUGUUAGCUGCCUUCUGAUGGGGCAGGCUUCAAAACGCCUCUCACAGAAAGAAGCACUAAUGUGGCUCCCCACCUUGCUGAGAGCACAGUAUGUCAAAAAAUGUAAAAAAAAAUAAAAAAAAAAAAGAAAAAAGAAAAAAAGAAAGAAAAAAAGAUAGCACAAUUUAACCCAGUCACAUUGGCUAGGGAUAGUGUGUUAGCACCUUCAUGGUGAGAACCAUGUUUAAACAGUGUAAUCAGGGCCUUCAUUUUUUGUCAGCCAAAACUGUUUGUGUGUGUGUGUGUGUGUGUGUGUGUGCGUGCGUGUGCGUGGGUGUUCUCUGUGUGUGCAUACAUAUGUACGCAUGGGCGCAUGUCUGUAUUUGUACGUAUCAAUAGAGAUUUAAAAAAAAAAAAAAAAGAAAAAAAGAAAAAAAAAAGAAAAGGAAAAAAAAAACCCUUUCCUCUGUUGAAUA